AUGGUGGUCGGCGGGGCUUGGCCUCCCACGGGGGCACAGCAUGGUGGGACCCAUGGGAGAGCAGUGGCGUCUCCGCCGGCUGGCCCCAGCGGCGCGGCUUUCCGCGGGGGCACGGCGGCCGGCGUCACCCGGCCUCCCGCGGUGGUGCACGGGCUCCUGGGGGGUGUGAAUGACCACAAGAAUAUUGUUUUGUUUGGUGCCGCCAUGUUGUCAAAUGAGAAGGCUGAAUUGUCUGUGUGGCUGUUUCAUACAUUUCUGAAGGGCGUGGGAGCACGAAGCAUUAUUGCCGCCAUGGCUUCUUCCCCUCUGCUCCUGUGUGUCAUCUUCUGCAGCUACUGCUUGGUCGCUCUUGGAGGUCGCCAUGAGCGCGGCUUCGUUCUGGUUCCAACAAGCUCGUCCUCUGCGUCUGAACCAGCAUGCUCAUCCGUAUCGCAAGUGACUUCUGACCCGAACCGCGCGUCCGUGCCGCUGGCGCACCGGCAAGGACCGUGCGCGCCCGCUUCGGUGGCCAGCAGCGGCAAGCCAUCCUUGGCGGAGAGGCUCCGCCGAGACCGCGCCCGCAGGAGCCACAUCCUCAGUAAGGCCUCCGGGCGCACGGUCACGCUGUCCGGCGCCAGCGUCAGCAUCCCGACGUCCCUGGGCGCCGCCGUGGACUCGCUCGAGUACGUCGUCACGCUGGGCUUCGGCACGCCGGCCGUCCAGCAGACCGUGCUCAUCGACACCGGCAGCGACCUGUCGUGGGUGCAGUGCAAGCCCUGCGACUCCACGGCGUGCUACCCGCAGAAGGACCCCCUCUUCGACCCCACCGCGUCGUCCACGUACGCGCCCGUCCCGUGCGACUCUAACGCGUGCAAGGCCCUCGCCGACGGCGGCUACAACGACGGCUGCACCAACAGGACCGACAGCUCCCUGUGCCAGUACGGUAUCGAGUACGGCAACGCAGACACCACGGUCGGGGUGUACAGCACGGAGACGCUGACGCUGAAACCAGGCGUCGCCAUCAGGAACUUCAGCUUCGGCUGCGGCCUCCGCCAGCAGGGCACGUUCGACAAGUUCGACGGGCUCCUGGGGCUCGGCGGCGCGCCGGAGUCGCUCGUGUCGCAGACGGCAGGGACGUACGGCGGCGCCUUCUCGUACUGCCUCCCUCCGGGGAACACCACCACCGGGUUCCUCGCCCUCGGCGCGCCCAGCAACAACACGGCGGACUUCCUGUUUACUCCGCUGCACAGCUCGCCGGAAGGGCCAACGUUCUACGUUGUCACCAUGACCGGCAUCAGCGUCGGCGGGAAGAAGCUGGACAUACCGCCGGCGGUGUUCUCCCGGGGCAUGAUCAUAGACUCCGGCACCGUCAUCACGGGGCUCCCGGAGACGGCAUACUCGGCGCUGCGGACGGCGUUCCGGAGCGCCAUGUCGGCAUACCCGCUCCUGCCGCCGAAGGAAGACCUCGACACAUGCUACAACUUCACCGGCUUCAGCAACGUGACGGUGCCGACGGUUUCGCUGACGUUCGACGGCGACGUGACGAUCGAUCUCGACGCGCCAUCGGGGAUUCUGCUGGAUGACUGCCUCGCGUUCGUCGGAGCGGGCUCGGAUGAUACCGGAAUCAUUGGCAAUGUGAACCAGCGCACGUUCGAGGUGCUCUACGAUUCUGGCCGGGGACACGUCGGAUUCCGGCCGGGCGCUUGCUGA